AUGUCUAGUUUCUCUUCGACCUCCCGUUCUUCAUGGCCGCAGUAUGGACCCGUGCCUUUGACAAGAUGCCCUGACUGCCCACGCCAGGAGCCUCUGAAGCGGUCGAUCUGUAAGACGGACGAGAACGGCAACCGUGGACGUGAGUUCCUUGCAUGCGAGAGCUUGCCAUAUAGAGAGGGGGAUAAGAUCCUGAAGAAAUGCAGGCAUUUCGAGUGGAUCGAUGUGUACGUUCAGAGGCUUCAAUUGCAGGAAUCAAUUGGCGCUAUUGGGGAGCGCAAUUUGGGAGGGGGGGGGGGACUUGCUGUAGAGAAUGCGGCGGAGAGAGGAGCCGUUCCGAUUAUACCUAAUGCUCCCAAUGUAGGACUGGUGGAAGUGAAGGGAGAACUGAAGAAAAUGAACAAGCAGUUAAGGCAGCUGAUCGAGUUGAAGAAGCAAGCUAAUCUGAUAGCUGGUUGUUUUUUCUGUUGUAUAAUUGCGAUCGGAUUCUUAUCAUUGCUCACCAGGCGCUAGAAGUUGUUACAAGGGAUACCUUGUUACAAAUUCAUUAUUCAGUUACAUGUACUUGUAGUUGUUUUCAUGGUUAGUGUGUG